CUGACUUUGUGAACUCGGCGCGAGUCGACCUUCGCUACAACAACAUCAGCAGGGUGUCUCCCCCGCUGGCCACGCCCCCCGGGGAGCCCGCGCCUGUAUUUAUGUUAGACCACAACCCGUACCGCUGCGACUGCGAGCUGUUCCCGGUACUGCGAGUUCUCCCGGGGUUCACUACGAAGCCGCUGACCCUGGGCGAGGCCGCCUGCUCGUCGCCCCCCAGUCUCGCCGGUGUCAAGUUGCUCGAGUUGGACGUGGAGCGGUUGCACUGUGACGUGCCGUGUGCCGGCUGCCGGUGCCACGGGGUGCCCGCCACCUCGCGCCUGCACCUCCAGUGUGACACCGUGCCUGAAGUGUGGCCGGAGCUGCCGGGCGGGCUGCGGACGGCGGAGCUCGAGCUGCUGCGGCCGCCGCCCGGAGCCGUCGACUUGACCCGCGCGCCCCCCUACCUGCGCCACGCGAACCUGUCCUCGCUCAACCUGACCGGCUACCCCGCCGUGCGGCACGCCAUGGAGAUAGACCUGCGACACAACCUGCUGCGGGGCGCGCCGCUCGGCCUGUUCGCCGCCAACUGCAGCGUGCUGCUGGCCGACAACCCGCUGGGCUGCGAGUGCGGGGACGCGGAGCACGUGGCCGCCUUCGGCGAGCACGCGGCGCUGGUGGCGGACCUGGCGGACGUGACGUGCGCGGACGGCGCGGCGCUGGGCGGCGUGCGCGCGGGCGCGCUGUGUGCGGCGCGGCGCGCGGCGGCCGCGGGCGGCGCGCUGGCGCUGCUGGGGCUGGCGGUGGCGGGCGGCGCGGCGCUGCUGCGGCGGUACCGGCCCGAGCUGCGCCUGCUGCUGCGCAAGCUGGGGCUGCCGGUGCGCGGCGACGCGGCGCGCGGCGCCGAGCGCUACGACGCAUUCGUGUCGUUCGCGCACGAGGACGAGGCGCUGGUGGCGGAGCGGCUGGUGCCGGCGCUGGAGGGCGGGCGCGCGCCGCUGCGCCUGUGCGUGCACUACCGCGACUGGGUGGUGGGCGACUGGAUCCCGGCGCAGAUCGCGCGCUCCGUGCAGCAGUCGCGGCGCACCAUCGUGGUGGUGUCGCGCCACUUCGUGCAGUCCCAGUGGGGCCGCAUGGAGCUGCGAGCGGCGCUGGCCCGCCGCCGCGUCGUGCUGCUGCUGGUGGACAACGCGGCGCUGGCCGACCCCGAGCUGGCGCAGUACGCCGCACUCAACACAUACGUGCGGCUCGACGAUCCGCUCGUGUGGGAGCGCCUGCGGGACGCCGUGCUGCUCGCCGAGCCGAGCCCGCGCGCGCCCAGUAGGCUGCUCGCCAACAUGCUCGGCAUACACCGCAAGUCGCAACCGGCUCGGGUCUCCGGCGAGAAGAACUGAUUACAUCUUCUUUUAUAUUUGAACCACAAUCUCACUGAGAAUCUCACAACAAAAAUUCUUAUUUGCUGAAUGCAUUCGAUAAAAUUGAUCAAAAUCUUAUUCUUAACAAACUAUUAGACGACGGCAUCUCUUAAACCUCUAUUAUUUUGAUUCAAAUCAAACGUAAGUGUCAUCAUAAAUGUUUAUACUUCCGAGAGCUAAACUAUAUUUUCUGAAGUACCCCAAGGAUGUCUCCUUAGACCUAUACUCUUCGUAUUCUCUAUAAAUGACGUUGUUUCGGUUACAAAACAAACAAAAAUGUUUGUAAAUAUUGGUUCAUCAUGCCACUCCGACAAGUAAUAUUAGUCAUCACUCUCCACUGCAACAUACUCUAAGACUAUGAAAUGCGUCUAUUUAAUAAUUUUAUCUAAAUUGAUGUUUUUUUUUUAUAUAUAAGAGGGAGCCAACGGACAAUAGGCUCACGUGACGGUUUUUUAUAUUUGGUCCACCAAUUGGGACAGACACAUAAAGACCAUACAAUAGACAUUCAAUAAUAAUUCUUCUCUAUAAAAAGUGGACAUGACACUCAAAUAAACAAAAGGUACUUUAUAAGUUUUAGGUUACACUUAUAUAAGUAGAUAAGGUAACAUUCAUUAUGUUAAUUAAAUCAUAUUAUAUCCUUAAUUUUAGAAUUUGCUGAGGCGAGAGACCCUUAGAAAAUAUCCGUUUUAUGAGAAAUAGAGUUAUAAGGAGAACAUGACCUGUAAGUGGGCGAGUUUACCAACGUUAGUUCUUUGAUACGGUAAAUGAAAGGUCUUCCGGUUCAUGAGCCGGCAGCUGAUUCCAUUUUAAAAUAUACUAAUCUGCUUUCCCACUUUGAUAAACUUCUACAUUUAUUAUUUGUAAAUGAUAGCUGGUACAAGAAUAUCUUUUGAAUAUUUUCCAAUCUUGCACAGUGAACCAACUAUUUUGAAGACCAUAGUGAACCAACUCUUGUAGUCUAAUAUGCUUCUGACGAUGCUUGAAAACAUUGUGGUAAAAAACUGCAGGUCUUUAAAAAGGUUAAUUAGCCUGGAGAUAAAACCAGAAAGCUUGGAGGAUCUUUGAAAAUGUUCUCUGAAAAUUAAUGUCCUAUCAACUAUCACUCCUAAGUCUCUUAUGCUCUGAACUUCCUUAAGUCUGUGAUCCCGCAAGCAUUUCUUCUUGUAGUAUUAUGUUGUUAUCAUCUUGCUGUAUUUUCUUUCACAUUUUAAGUCACACACUAAAUCAUUUAUAAAUAUGAUAAAGAAUAGUGGACCCAAGUGAGAUCCUUGAGGGAACCAUGGGUAUUGAUUAUGCUCUCGAUACAUAACCUUGGACUUUAACGAUUUGAGUUCUAUUUUUGAGAUAUGAUUAUCACAUGUAUUAUGAACCAUGAAUACCCAUUGCCAAUAUCUUCCUCAGUAAUAAGGCAACGGUUAAUGAGGUCGAAAGCUUUACUAAAAAUCGGUAUAUAUAACAUACAUUACCUUCAUCAAUACUUUUCGCGACCUCCUCAAUAAAUCCAAUUAAAUUCGUUAUAGUCGAUUUUGUCGAUUCGUUACAAUUUAAAAGAGUGUCCAGGAUAAUGGUCAUUUACAUACAUUUAACAUUAGCUGAUGUGAUGUGAAUUCUUCGUUAAAUUGAAAUAAUUUAUUUGUAUCUUGAUAUUGUUUAUUGACCACUUCAAGUGACAACUCGUCUGUGCGAGGAUAAUAAAUAAUAACACGAAACACAACAAUCGCCUAUUGUUUAUUAAACAAGUGAUAACAUUCACAAUAUAUUAUUAUUAUCACGUCUUCCCUUUGUCAAUUUCGAGCCGGGAGUCGCUACUCGAUAUUCUAUCUAGAUCUGUUUGAGAUCUGCUCUUAUGUGCUCUAUGAAUCUCUUCUAAAUGGUAUAUUAACAUGGGGGCGUACACAUCGUAUUGAUUUUUGAUAUUGAAUCUCUUAAAUAAUCACAUACAUACAAGUUGUACGUUUAUAUACAAAUAUCUUAUAACAUUUAUAUUAAUGAGAUGUAUUUUAUCCUGUGUUUUUAAAGAAUUCCCGUAUUGAUUGAAUUAUAUAAAAUGACAUAUUUAAUAAUUACAUUUACUUACGCCGAGAGCCGUGUGUGCUGUUAAUGUGAUAAUAUGGGUACUUUUGUGUUCGCUUUUUACAAUUAAUAAUAUGAUGGUGCUAUAUUACGAAAUAAAAAAGUAUUUUUAUAUGAACGAGACCACUAAUUAGUUGUACUUAUUGUAUCAUAUAUAAUAUUGAAUCUCUAUAAUAUGAUAUUAUUAUUUGUGAUAUAAGUGUUCGUGUAUAUUAGACGAAAUCACCAGAAAUAAGUCGAUUGUUAUUUUUGUAAAUAAAUAUUUGUUACACUC